GCGGGAGCCAAUGGGCGCGCAGGGCUGCCCCCGCCGCCGCCGCCGCUGCCGCCAGUGCGCCCGGACGAUGUCUCGCUGCAGCCGCGCCGCCGCCCCGCUGCUGGGCCGCGUCCUGCGCCUGCAGCAGAAUGGGGUCCGGCGCUGCUCCUACACAGCCUCCAGGCAAAACCUCUACAUCAACAAAGAUACCAAGGUCAUCUGCCAGGGCUUCACAGGCAAGCAGGGCACCUUUCACAGCCAGCAGGCACUGGACUAUGGCACCAAUCUAGUUGGAGGAACUUCUCCAGGGAAGGGGGGACAGACUCACCUGGGCCUGCCUGUGUUUAAUUCUGUGAAGGAGGCUAAAGAGCAGACUGGAGCUUCUGCCACUGUCAUUUACGUGCCUCCUCCCUUUGCUGCCGCUGCCAUCAACGAGGCCAUCGAGGCAGAGAUGCCCCUGGUGGUGUGCAUCACGGAGGGCAUCCCCCAGCAGGACAUGGUGCGGGUCAAGCACAGGCUGCUGCGGCAGGGCAAGACGCGCCUGGUGGGCCCCAACUGCCCCGGGGUCAUCAAUCCUGGAGAAUGUAAAAUUGGUAUCAUGCCUGGUCACAUUCACAAGAAGGGAAGAAUUGGCAUCGUGUCAAGAUCUGGAACUCUGACAUAUGAAGCUGUGCACCAGACAACCCAGGUCGGGUUGGGGCAGUCCUUCUGCAUUGGGAUUGGAGGUGACCCCUUCAAUGGCACUAAUUUCAUUGACUGCCUGGAUGUCUUCCUGAAGGAUCCUCACACUGAGGGCAUCAUCCUGAUUGGGGAAAUUGGAGGCAAUGCUGAAGAAGAUGCUGCAGCAUUUCUGAAGGAGAACAAUUCUGGUCCCAAAGCCAAGCCGGUGGUGUCGUUCAUCGCGGGGCUGACAGCUCCUCCGGGCCGGCGGAUGGGGCACGCAGGAGCCAUCAUUGCUGGGGGCAAGGGUGGGGCCAAGGAGAAGAUCGCAGCCCUGCAGAGCGCCGGCGUGGUGGUCAGCAUGUCUCCUGCUCAGCUGGGCAGCACCAUGCACAAGGAGUUCGAGAAGAGGAAAUUGCUGUAGAAGAGGCUUGGGAACACUGCAGGACACCAGCGCAGCUCCUGGCCUCUGCUUACCUUCUCUGCUGCUCUUCACUUGCCCAAAUGACUGGCACUGGUCUGUGAAUGUGACUCGGAAGCCAUAAACCUCCUGGCUAAAGCUGUUUUGAUGUCUCCUUGGUUCAGGCCUGAGCACCUCAUUGUAAAUCACAGCACCACUAAUAAAUCUCCUACUCAAUCUGA